AAAUUACUUUAUCUUACUGACCCUUGACAGGUGUCAAAAGUGAUCGUCCUUGCCACGUGGAUUAUGUGCCUUCGAUACUUGAGUAUGUGUCAUCAUCCAAGAGAAUGAAACAAGAGUGUCAUAUCAAGAAUUUUGAAAAGAGGCAAGCCAUGAAAAAGAAGAGAAUAGACAAGGAGAAAAUUAAUGCUGAUUGCACAACAAGUACUGCUGAAGUUGAUUCAUCCCAGGAAGAUACUUCAUCAAUAAAGAUAACUACUGAGAGAUGUAACAUUAUGAAAGGAAGGCAGGAAAUGCAAGAAACUGCUCAGACAACAGAGCAACCAGAUCUGCUACCUGUUUUGAAGGUAAUGGAUGCUGAUGUGUGGCAAAAGCAGGACAAGGGAAUAGUCUUUAAGGAAGUGAUGGAUAGGCCAACAGAAAGUGUGAUAAAUACAGAUUCACAUGAAAAUGUCAUAAAUAAUAGCACUGGAAGGCCUUUAUAUCUGUUCAUUGAUGAGCCAAAAGUUGACUCAAUGAUAAAGCCUCCAUGUGCCCUCACUGAUGAGGAAAAAGUCAAAUUUACCUUAAGGCUUUCACAAGUUUUCACCGAUGAGCAAGAAGCUGAAUUAUUCAGGUGUUUUCAGAAGGUAGAUAUAUUGUUUGGUGGAAUUACAAGUACAGAAGCUUGCAGACUAGCUUAUGACUUUGCAGCUAAAUUUAAUAUUGAACCACAUCCUGCAUGGGAUGUGAAUAAAAAGGCAGAUAUUGAAUGGUUGCAAGGAUUUCUAAACAGACACCCAAGUAUAACUGUUAAGAAAGGGGAUUGGGCAUCUAGUCAUGUUGCUUUCACAAAUUCAGCUGCAGAUCAUGUUCUAAAAGCAGUACCUAAUUUGUUGACUGCAAAAAUAAUAGAUGAAGAAAGCUCUAAGAGCAGUAGUGACAGCUUGCAUUCUAAAGAUAAACAUCUCCUAACUGACCACAAUUAUGCUACAAAAUGUAUAGACCAACCACAUGAGCAGCAUAACAUAAGACAUGAAUGGUUGUUUAGAAAAAUAUCAGCAGAUGAGGCACAGGAUAAUUCCAUGUUGAAGAGAAUGACUUCUCUGAACAAGUGUAUGCAAAACUGUGAAGACUUCCAGGGUGAUUUUAAUAUUGGAGAAACAAUAUAUAUCAUAGAAAACAAGAAUGCUUUUGAAGAAAAGGAAAAUACUUCAUUAUUUUCAAAAGAGAAUGAAUAUGUGUGUGAAAAUGAAGUGGAUUUGGGCACAAAUGAGGGAAAUAAUUUAUGUAUUAAAGAAGAUUUGAUUAUAAAAGAAGAGGAAGAUUGCUUAUCAGAGAAUGCAGAUUAUAUGUCUGCAAUGGAUUAUGCAUAAAAAGUUUAAUUCAUGUUUUGUAUUUUUUAGUUGAACUCAAAAUGAAUAUCAGCAUCAAGCCGAGCUGAAAGAUUCAUACCGAUUUUGUUUUUGUGUAUUGAGGUUUUGGAUUUGACAUGCACUACUGACCUACAUCUUGUCAGUCAUACUGGAUAUCAAGCUGCAUUGGCAAAUGAAUGUAACUUACCUGUUAGGAAAUUUUCUCAAUGAUUAUUGUUUAUUGAUUAUUGAUUAUGAUAAGCCAGAUCUGGCAUUCCACGGGUUCUCCAAGAAUUUAGAAGGAUGAGAAGGAUGCAUAUAAAUGACCUCAUAGGGGACAGGAGCCGUAGUGGGGAAACAAGUGUAGUCAAAGAUAAGAUAAAACCAAUAUUGCAAACUAGAAAUACAACAGGAAAUAGCAAACAAGAGGACUCCACUAGCAAUAGUGAGGAUAUAUUACCAAAAACAACUGGUGGGAGCUCCAUUGUUGGUGCUAGGGAGGAUAGGAAUAAGACAGGUAAACAUGCACCAACAGGGAAUACAGUCACAGAAACCCAAGGCAAAUGGAAACCAAGCCUGUGCACAUACUAUGCACUUGGUAUCUGCAGACAUGGAAAAUUUGGAAAAACAGAUGGGACGUGCAACUAUGACCACCCUAGAAAAUGCCGUGCCCAUAUGACAACAGGAAAUGCAAAACUCCCUUCCUGUAAGCUUUUUCACCCUGAAAUGUGUACCUCUUCAGUACAGGAAAGACUGUGCUAUAACUUAAAUUGCCAGGCACACCAUCUAAAGGGGACAAAAAGAUACAAAACAUCCAGGCCAUGGGAAAACCUGUGUAGCCACAGCCACUCAAGAGGGAGAGGUUUUUUAGUGCCAGGAAG